AUGGGGUUCAGUUUCAAUCCACAUGAUGGAAAUGUUGAAUUGGUUAUGGAUUUUACCAAAAUGGGCAAGAAAGCCUGGAGAAAACCAGAGAAUGUGGCGGCUAAAAUUAGGGGUUGCUACUAUAUCUGCCAUGCCACAUUUCCAAGUUUUGAAUCCAUUCGAGUUGGGAAUGUCCACAUAUUCGAAUGUGCAGGUUACGAUUGGAAAAUGGAUAUGGCAGACUUGAAAAUGUUUGGCAAGAUUUCAGAUGAGAGUCACGGCUCCUUUCCUUCCCACAUACAACAAACACGAUUCUUCAACACCCCCUCCAUGUUGAAUAUUGUGGUUUCCAUGGCAAGGAGACUUGUUCCCGAUGAGCUUUCUGGUGGAUGGAAAGUAGGCUGCCAAUUUGCUGGAGGGAGAUUGGACCAAUUCUACAUGCUCCCAGACAAAGCUGCCGCCUCUCAGAGGACCUAUGCCAAACUAUGCGAGGCGUUGAAAAUCCGAUACGAGUGCGAACGGAGGUUUUCUUUGGAUGACGAUUAG